GAAUUAUGUAAUCAAUGUUUUUAUUCUGUAUUGGAAAAUAAUACACUUAUCUUCGUUUUCCCUCAUAUGAAAUGCAUUGUCAAUCAUCCCACUUUGUUUAAAGUCUGUGCCUUCCUUCUGUCUGUGACAUUCAUUGGAGUGAAAAGUCCUUUGCGUCUUUGGGAGAUGGGGACCAGGUUGAGAAAAUACUUCGAGACAAGGUUAGAAAAUGUUCCACAGCCUGUUCUGUAGCUCUGAACUAGGACAUCUCACGGGGAUUCUGUGAGUCAGUGUUAGUUUACCUUCACAAUGUUAAUAGUAACAAUGGCAUGAACCGGGCAUAUCUGAAGGAGACGUUGGCAAUGCUGAUUUGGUAGCUUCAAUUUCAUAAACUCAGGUAACCUUGAGAGAACUGUUCUCACUCCAACAGCAUCUGCACUUAAUUUUUUGCUGUGCUUUACCUGAUCAAUUACAGUACCCUUCUACACACACCCUUGUCUGGUUCUGGGAAUGUUUUACCUUUUAUCUUUGUAAUUCUGUCAUUCCAGGUUUCACCUUAUCUUCCAUGUUCUCCUGGGAUAAUACAUAAUUCAGUUGGGAUACUCUUCCUUUAUCUUACUCUGGUACAGAAACAAUAGUGCCGUUUCUUUUUACCACUGUCUUGAGUCGGUCUGGUUAUUCACCAGGAAACCUUAAAACCUUGUUCCCACGUCCUGAUCCCAUUUUCCACACUUUUUUUUAUCUUCAAUCAAUCACUCUUUCAUUGCCCUCUCUGAGAUAGACAUCCGCUGGCGGAAUAUCUCUUCCAUCUCUUUGUUCUUCCAUUUGCGGAUCUCAAUCUUUCCCUCUGUCUCUUUUCUCUCUCCAACGGACACCUUCCCAGUUCCCCAGUGGUAGAAUGAAUGACCUGCCUGGUGAGUUAUCUAAAGGUCUGCUGAGUUCAACCUCUGUGUCACUGAAGGACACCUUUUUAAAACAACUAUUGGCUUUUCAAAGUUGUCGGAUAUUCUCAACAUUCCCAAAGAACAAAGUUGAACAUGGUGGACUUGUGAUGUAUGCAGGUACACUUGCUAAACAAAUAGGUGUGAUAACAGGUGUGAUAAUAAAUCACAAUACAAUGAAUGAGCCAAAAUUAUAGACAAGAUAUUUGAUUCACUACAGACAAUUCCUUAAAAUGUGUUUGUAUAAACAAAAAACCUAGUAAUUCAGGAAAUUUGCACCCAUAAGGAUGUCUGCCUCAACAACUAUGUUUACACUACAUUGUUUUGUUGGAAUCUCCUUGAGUAUGCUGCUUUCAUCCCAUCCCAUCCACUGACUAUGCAGAAACUCCCAAAACUCAUGCAGACUACUGUGUAAAUCAAUAUGGUCAAACCUAACCUAGGCUAAUUCUAAAUUGAGUGAUUAAGAAGGGAUUGAUUGAUUGGCAUAGAACCUGAUGGAGUAUGCUAGAGACAGUAUGCCUGCUACUAGAGACAGAUGGUUAAGAGUGAAGUACUUUUUUCCAUAAAUCCAACUGGGACUUGAACCCAUGUCCCUCUGGUUUCUCCCAAGCAGACAUGUUCUCCACAAGAGUUAACUCCCUUGGGGGAGCUUAUCUAGGAUGGCUACACUACUAAUCCCUCUUUCUGGAGCUCAUUAAUUUCUGCCCACAAGUCAGAUGUCCUGGCAGCCUCAUCCCACUUUCAACACCAAUGUAGCAAAUCUAAGGAAAGGACACAAAUCAAAACCUCUGGAGGAUUUUGGAACACACCUAUGAUGGAGUACUUGUAUGCUUCAACUACACAAUACAUUAACAAAUGUAUGUCUCCUGACCAACAAUUUGGUCAAAUUCCCUAAACCAAAUAAUCUGAUUCAUUCUACUGUCCUUUUGAACUUUUGCCCUUGCUCGGACUCAGUGAGUGAAGUUAACCGACUUAACUCGCUACUGACUGUGGUUCCAUUUCUGAAUCAUCAUUGUAUCAUCGUCUGUCGAUCAGUCCCUAAAAGCAGUCAUCCCUAAAAUGACAUCAACAUUGUCAGGAUCCGCUCUGCCACAGAGGUAGCAAAGAGAAACGUCUCUGAGGGAGUGAGAGCUGUGAUCUGAUCAGACAGGAUUUUCAGACCACAAGCUGGCUGCUGUCCAUGUUACUACGUGAGGAAACGGUGCUGAAUUUCUAUGCGUCCUCGGCCAGUCCGUGGUGAUGAACUGGCUAGCGAUAUGGCGAGUUCGGGCCCUGAAAUCACAGUUUUCACUGGUGCGAUUAAGUCAUUGUGGUAUCUAGUCUUGAUCAAUAUUAAUUUUAAUAUAAUAGCCUAUAUUACAUUUUCAAUCUACAUGUGUCAGAAAGGAUACACACAGCCCCUCUCUGCACGAUCCCCAUCAUAUGGCCCUGAAAAAAUAGUGGUUUACCUGUACAACAUUUCCUCAAAUGAAUCCUAUAAUUGCGCACGUUAAAAUAAUCCUAUAAAAUCUCAAACAUGUAAAUUGAGCACAGUAAUCCACUCCCUGCUGUGGGUUGGUUAAUGUAGACGCUUCAUCAACGCGCACGCAUCAUCAUCCUAAAUGGUGAGCUUUUCUUUCUAUUUGAUAAGGAGUCCUCCGUUUUGUGAUGAAGGCUUUAAUGUCAAUACGACGUAUUCUUUGAUAGCAGUCAAUACACUGUCUCCUAAAGCAGAACACCGCGCUCGAUGGCAUGAUCGAUGGCAUGACAGUCAUCGUUACCCUUAUUUCCGAUUUGUAAUCCCAUAAAGGCAGUACCAUUUUGCCAAUAGAAAUUGGAGGUGGAAAGAGCUUGUUGGCCGGCUGCGGAUUGUAGCUGUGGAGAGGCUAUGUUAAUACUCAGUGGACAGAGGGGCGCGAUGCAUGCGUAAACUGGCUCAAACCUCUCCUCAAAACGCCCCUCACUUCGCACCGGGGACCGCUGCCGGCCGCUCACUGCCUGUCAGUGCUGCACCGGACUUGCCUGGCUACCCAGACUCCUUGCUCCGGCCAAACGUUACGCCACGCCCACGGACGUUAAUUUCUUCUCCGCGAACUACAGAGCAGCGGAAUAAUGUAGUGUGAGUCGUCAGGUUAGCACUGGACACCACCGACUGAAACUUCUAGGUCUUCGCUCCAAGGAUGUAUAUCUGAUACGGAUAUUCCUGCCUCAACAAGGCUACUAACGAUCGAAAUUUGGCCGCGGAUAUGCUGGACUCAGCAGAUUAAUUUACAAUCACUGCCACUAUAUGGAAGGACGAUUGUGUUCUGGAGAAAACAUUUGGGAACAAGUAUUUUCUGUCUGGGUCGAGUCAUUUGACGCUAAAACGGAAGAAAUGUCAUACUUGGAUAUCCCACGCAUAGAUGCUACUCAUUUGUGUGAUAAUAUACGUGGGAACUAAUUGCAACGCAACUGCCCUCCGCGGUGCAAGUGAGUGUUCUUUGAGCACCAAGUCCAGAAAUAUUGGGUGGUUGUGGUGCUUCUUCACUCUGCUACUGGGGAAGCAGACCGGCGGCAAAUCGAUGCAUUUCUUGCUCAAAUCUACUCGGGCUAUUUACCUCGUUGCAUAGCCUACUGGAGAUUGACAGACAACGGAGAGGUAACAUCGGGCUCGGGAAUAGAGGUCAAUGGACAUCCUCCACAAGGGACCCAGUUGUUUCCUUUAGUCCCCAGUGCCGACAUCCAGAUGCUACUUAGGUAGUCCCCCUUACCCCCUGCUCAGCGGCACCCUGACCACAUGUAAGCUGCACGUCUGCCCUUCUCUGCUAGGCCAACACAGCCCACACAGUCUUCAUGAGGAUCACGACCCUGCCAGACCACACCAGAUAGAGUUUCCCAGAAAGCCGGAGGGAGGAUGGACCGGCUGAUCUUCUCCUUGUUGAUGCUGGCCGUCUCCACCAGGGGGCAGCUGUGCCCCAAGCGCUGCAUGUGCCAGAACCUAUCCCCCUCACUGGCCAUCCUCUGCGCUAAGACGGGCCUACUCUUCGUGCCCACCGUCAUCGACCGGCGCACCGUGGAGCUGCGGCUCACUGAGAACUAUAUCACAGCCAUAAGGAGGCGGGACUUUGCCAACAUGACUAGUUUGAUCCAUCUGACAUUGUCCCGCAACACCAUAAGCCAGAUCAUGCCUUACACCUUCGAGGACCUCAAGCGGCUGCGAGCGCUGCACCUGGACAGCAACCGGCUGAGUGUGAUCAGAGAUGACCACUUUCGGGGGCUCACCAACCUUAGGCACCUGAUCUUGGCCAACAACCAGCUGCACAAUAUCUCUCCACACGCCUUUGAUGACUUCACAGGAACCCUGGAAGACCUGGACCUGUCCUACAACAACCUGGUGGACAUCCCCUGGGAGACGAUAGGCCGUCUAACCAACGUCAACACCCUUAACAUGGACCAUAACCUUAUAGAGCACGUGCCACAAGGGAUCUUCACCAACCUGCACAAGCUGGCGCGUCUGGACAUGACGUCCAAUAAGCUUAAGAAGAUCCCACCGGAUCCACUUUUUCUGCGCAUCCCUGUCUACGCGAAAGCCAAAGGAUCUCCUCAGUCGUCAUUGGUGAUGAGCUUUGGUGGAAACCCGCUCCACUGUAACUGUGAGCUGCUGUGGCUGAGGAGGCUGACCAGAGAAGACGACCUGGAGACCUGCGCCUCUCCUCCAGACCUCACAGCCAAGUACUUCUGGACCAUCCCAGAGGAGGAGUUCAUCUGUGAACCUCCGGUCAUGACCAGGAAGUCUGCCAAGACCUUCACCAUGGAGGGCCAGCCUACCAGUCUGAAGUGCAAGGCCAACGGAGACCCAGACCCAGAGAUUCACUGGAUUUCCCCCGAGGGCCGUCUGAUAUCCAAUACGUCACGGACUGUCACCUUCAGCAACGGCAGCCUGGACAUCAACAUCACCUCCCUGAAGGACUCUGGAACCUUCACCUGCAUUGCCUCCAACGCGGCGGGGGAGUCCACGGGCCAGGUGGAGCUGGUGGUCAACCUCCUCCCCCACCUGGCCAACAGCACCAACCGGCUACGGGAGCCCGACCCUGGUCCUUCAGACAUCCUCACAUCGGCCAAGUCCACCUCAACCACGGGCAACGACACCCGGAGGAACCAGGAGGGAAGGGUGCUGAUGGCGGAGCUGACAGCUAGCUCAGUGCUGAUCAAAUGGCCAUAUCAGAACCACGUCCCUGGGAUCAGGAUGUACCAGGUUCAGUACAACAGUUCCAUGGAUGACACGCUCAUAUACAGAAUGAUCCCGUCCACCAGUCAGGACUUCCUGGUUCGUGACCUGGUGUCAGGGCGUGAGUACGACCUGUGUGUCCUGGCGGUCUACGACGACGGCAUCACCUCGUUGACGGCCACGCGGCAGGUGGGCUGUGUCCAGUUCAUCACGGAGACCGAGUACAGCCAGUGCCAGGCCCUUCACAGCCAGUUCCUGGGCGGCACCAUGAUCAUCAUUAUCGGUGGCAUCAUCGUGGCCUCCGUGCUCGUCUUCAUCAUCAUCCUCAUGAUCCGCUACAAGGUCUACAGCCACCAGGGCAUGGACACAGGUAAGGUGGGCACCAUGGACAACAUCUGUGCCCAGACCAAUGGAGGACAGGCUGGGGGACAGGUGUCCCACUCUGGGUCUAAAGUUACAGAGAGCCAGGAGGAGCAACAGGCUCAUGCCUUAGCUGGGGUGGGAGGGGGGCCAGGGACAGGGGGAGGGGGGGGUGUGAGUGGAGCGGCAUCACCUAAUGCCACCCAAAAGGACUCUAACACCAUGGCGCUGGUGGUUGACUGUGAGAAUGCGGUACAGAUCUCAGACAUGACUGCUGAGGACCUGCUGUCGCCUAGUAAGAGGCGUCACUCCAGGACUGCCAUUGAGAUGAAGAGGAGAGCUUCGCUCACACCCAAAGAGGCCACCAAUGUGAAUGCGGGGGGAAACACGCCGGCGCCCGCGGCUGCCGACGACGACAAGAGGGCUCACAGAGACUGGAGCGACUUUAAAAUUUGAUGACUCCUUCUGCUUCUCGGUGAGAAGCAGCCAUCAACCUCCAAGAAAUAUUCCAGGGUUCCACGAAACAAGGCGAUUAGAUGAUAAAUCAGGAACAUUUUUAGGACUUCUGUCGGACUUCCUCUUUGCGACCCCGGAGUUCACACUGUAUCCAUGGACCCUUCCAUGAAAACACACCUAGAUGGAUUUAAUAAAGGACUCAAUUCACCAUCAUAAUCUAUUGGAGUGGAACUAGACGGGCCAAAGGCCUCACCGGUGGCUUUUGAAACGUAUUGCCUUGUAUCCCUUUGUGGCUGACUGUCUGUGUAUCCGCUGUCAUUACCACAGCACUACUACUGUUCCUGGACCUGUACUUGGACCAGGACUUGCCAAUACCUGGACCUGUUCAUGCACCUGGAUCUAUUCCUGGACCUGCUCAUACUGUACCUUAUUUGACCUGACUGUCUUCAGGCUCAGGAUGGGGACCCAGCCUAAGGUCUGGGCCGAGUUUACCCCAUCUGGACUCCCGAGGACAGAAGGAUAUAAAGGAGGAAGAACUAACAGGGACUAAGCAAACUGAACCGCAUGUCUGUGCAUCACCACCACCUCUUCGUCACCAUGGUCUUCAUCACCCUGUGUUGCGUUUUUUUUUUUUCUUCUCACCUUUGAGCCGAACCCAGUGAGAACGGAAUCAAAACAGGCAGACUCAGACAAAAAGCUCAGAGCUGGGGACUCACCUUCUUCUGUGUUCUCCGUCACUUUUUAGUUGGCUUUAUCUUUUGUAUCUGUACAUAACGCAAUUCCAAAUCUUAUAGUUUUGUACAUGUAAUUUUUAUGGUGUGUGAAAUUUUUCUAAUAAAAUAAAAAAGUGGAUUGAUUCCCUAGAGACUAAA